AUGCCCUUUAUCUUUCAAAUUGGUAUCACGUGAUGACACGAGGCAAUCAAAAAUAAGGUGGUUUUUUUUCAUUUUUGCACUUUGCUGGGGUUCUUGCUUUGUGGUUAGACUAUAUUUUCUCAUAUAAUAAGCCGGUAUAAAAGCACUGAAAUCAUAAUAAACACGGUUAAUGUUCAGUGCGUUUUAAUAAUGAACGUACAUGUACUGUUACCGUCGCGUGGUGACUUCAAUUCGUUGAAGGCCAUUAUUUCCUCUUCAGGUUUACGAAACGCGGGUAUACCUUUAUGUUAACACAGGGCACGCACACACGGCGUUGGCUGAUGAUAUGGAAAAGGAAAUGAAUGGGCUUAUUGAUUUUGCGAUAAGCAGGAUAACAGAUAUGCCAGUACAGUGACUGUAUCGCUAUAAUGUACCACCCGGAAAAAAUUAUAAAUUGUUUGCUGUCUUGAUAUCGUUCAGACCACACACGUGUUAAGAGCGUUCUGUUUAAUUGAAAAUCGUGGAGCUACUGAGGGGCCGGCGUGCGGCAAAACCCAGCACAACACGCAAAACACACCUGACAUGUACAUUCGUCUAGCAGUUACUCGGAUUUCGAAAUAAAACACAGCCAUGCGUGGAUCAAGCAGUGUAUCGAAUGGUGUAACAACUAGGAUUGCGAAUGGCAAGCGUAGCCAACGCGCUAAAGCACCGUCGAGAACGGAUCUCAACGAGAACAACACGGAUGCAUCAGCAUUAUCAUCUUCGUCGUCAUCUUCGAUGGGAAAGCAAGGAUCGAUGAGGCAAGACGAAUCUGGUUACCAGCCUCUGCCCUUGAUAGCUCGCCUGUUUUUCUACGGGAUGCACGGGUUCCUGGAUGAGGUCAUCUUCACUGCACUGUAUGAAAUCGUGGUUCACAACAAGCCAAAUUAUCAGUUGGUGGGCUACACCUCCAUCUACUCCUUCUUCAUCUACGGCAGUGCCAGCUACGUGGUGGAGCGUCUGUACGUCCGGCUCCGCCACCGCGUACCGCUCGUCCCCCGCGUCGUCCUGUACGUCUGCGUAGCCUACACCUGGGAGCUCUGCAGCGGUCUGCUACUGCGGCAGUUCGACGCGUGUUCCUGGGACUACAGUGACCGGGCCUUCAACUUCAUGGGCUUGAUCACGCUGACUUACGCCCCCUGUUGGGCACUGUGUGGUCUGUGGCAGGACGUUUUGACGCGGUACCUGCUGAACUUGAGGGUGGUACCGCCUCAUAUGAAACUGAUUUGAUUAUAUUGAAGAUAUUUCCCUGGCAAAAGCAAUUGUUCUUCCAAGCAAGGAACGGUAUUUAAAAGAAGUUCACAAAAUGAUAUAGGUCUACUACUGGUAAAAAGGUAUUCAAAGUCAAUUUGGGAUGGGAUGGGGGGGGGGGGGGAGACCGAAAGAAAAGUACAAAGAAAAUCCGAACACAAACAAGAGCUUUUUAAAAAAAUUAAAUUAUUAGGACAUAUAUUGUAAUUUUUAAACUCCCUUUUUUUUUUUUUUAAAGAAGACUUAAAAUAAGGGUUACAGUAGUAUGCUAUGACUUUAUAGCUGCACUGUUUUAUUUGGGAAAAUAAUAUAACCAUUGUAACCACCAUAACCACAUAUAACCAUGUGAAUUUCAACUUCAAUAAACUAGUGACAGUUUGCGGUGACACCAUGUAGAAAUCUCUUUUCACAACCACACGUUCCCCAAAGAGAUUUCUACGUGUUGUUACCGCAAACCUUCACUAGUUCUUACUACAACCAUACAGUUACAAAUCUUUCUUAACUUCAAUUAAAUCUGUAAAUUUAACUUACUAUAAUCUGUAAGAGAACACAAUUUUAUAAACUCUCCUGUUGAGCAAUGCUUAGAAUGCACUUCCGAUAAAAUGUCAGUAGAAAAACUCUCCCACAACCAAAAUGUUCGGAUAAAGUACCUUUUGUACUUCAUUCUUUCAGCCGAACCUCCACCAACCUGGCAAGUAAGUCUUCACAAUAGUUUCUAAGAUGUAGGUAUUGGCAGUGCCGUGUCUUUAAUUUCACAGAUGUGAGGAAACUUGCAGAAUGUUCAUGUACAGGUAAGCUAAGGAAGAGCAGGAAA